CUUCCUUGGCUUUUCCUUUCUAUACCCCGGAUCUUCUGAGAAGUCCACCCCCACCACACGGCGAGCUCCCAAAGAGUAUCGCUCCACCACCCCGGCACCCGAGCCUUCUCAGUCGCAUAGACUGCUCACACAACACACAAUGGCACGAAGCUCACGGACCUCGAGCAAGCGCUCGACAUGGUCCAUCGCUUUCUACCUUCUGCUCGUCCUCGUUGGCGGUCUGAUGUUGGCGAAGACGGCACACGCCCAGGACGAGCCUGUCAAGGAAGACUCCAACGCAGUCUCCGGUCCUGUUAUUGGUAUUGAUUUGGGAACCACCUACUCUUGUGUUGGUAUCAUGAAGAACGGAAAGGUCGAGAUCAUGGUCAACGACCAGGGUAACCGUAUCACUCCCUCCUGGGUCGCCUUCACCGACGAGGAGCGCCUCGUCGGAGACGCCGCCAAGAACCAGUACGCAAGCAACCCCGGACGCACCAUCUUCGACAUCAAACGUCUCAUUGGACAGAAGUUCACCGACAAGGCCGUUCAGAAUGACAUCAAGCACUUCCCCUUCAAGGUCGUCAACAAGGGCGGACAGCCCCGCGUCAGCGUCGAGGUCCUCAAGAAGGAGACUCUCUUCACACCCGAGGAGAUCUCCGCCAUGGUUCUCGGCAAGAUGAAGGAGAUUGCUGAGAGCUAUCUCGGCGAGCCAGUGAAGAACGCUGUUGUUACCGUCCCCGCCUACUUCAACGACGCUCAGCGUGCCGCCACAAAGGACGCUGGCACUAUCGCCGGUCUCAACGUUCUCCGUGU